AGGUUAAGCUAUUGGUGGCGGCAAUUCGUAAGUUAUAGCUGCUCCCAGUAAAUCUAGCUGUCGAUACGACGUGAAUUUAUAUGCGAUUGCGUGUCUUUCGAAAUUUCCGGUAGGGAUAUUUUUCUUCUCCUUCUGACAAGAAUAACGCUCGACUUGGUUUUUAAGUGAUUACUGGUCACUUCUGGUGUAACAUGUUGACUAGUAUUCUUCUAAAUCACUUCCUACGUAAAACUAUUGCAAUAGACUCAGUUUUGUUACUGUUAUUGGCAAAGCUUUUUAACGCCAUAAUUUAUGUCGUAAUAAUCCACUGUGGUCUACAGACUUUAGUACUGCUUACCCCAACCCUAACCGAGGCAUUGUAGUACAAUAUUUUCCAGUGGUUAUGAGUACCUGCAAUUAAAGAAUUUCGGCUGUAUAACGGUAAAUUGUGUUAAGUUUUUGGGAUAUACAAAUGCUUAGCUAAAGGUAACCAAAGUGACUGGUGCGAAACUUUAACUUUUACAUUGUUUCUACGUUUUUGGUUAAAUUCUUAUUUAUUUGGACACAAAUAUUGGUACAAGGGUGAAACAAAUGCAUAUGGCCCACAUAUUAUUAUUGAGGUUGUGAAGAGACAGAGAAUGCAAAGUGCGUGUAAUGAGUAAGAACAAAAACGAAAAUGAAUUUGGUUUAUAAGAGUUAAAUAAUAAUAAUAUUAAUAAUAAUUUUGGGAGAAACAGCUUCUGCAAGACUAAUUUAUGGACGACCUUUGAACGAACUUUAAGUAACCUUGAGAAAUAUUAGCUAACCAGCAAACAGACAUUAUAAAAUAAAAAUAUUUUAUACAAAACCAAGAAAGUAAAGUGGAUACACUUCUUAUACGUGGUUCAAAAACUUGUCAAGGUUAGAAAGAGGUUCUAAAAUCGUAAUGCAUGCAUUAGAGGAAAUCAUCCAUACGGCUACAGAAUAGUCAUUCUCUAGAGCCAUGAUAAAGUCCCAAAAACUUUUUCAGCCUCGACCACAUAGCUUCAAUAUUGUUUAUGUGCACUCCGGUUGUUGAGUGCAGAAAAUGCUACUUGUGGAUAACGACACGAUGCACAUAACCAAGCCUAUGUAGGAGUCUGUACGUUCUCUAAACAUCCGUAUAUAUUGUAGUACCUGGCUGCAGCCAGUCACUGGUGCUUGUAUUAUCCAGUUCGCAAUAAUUGUCGUAAUUUGCCUUAGGAAUUAUAUAUGGGGUUUUCAUCACGAACUGACAUCAGCUAUAAUGCCAGAAAUUUAUCCAGCCAAAUGGAUGAAAGGCUUUCGCGUUAAAAUCCGAGAUCUAUUAUCUUAUACCUGAUUGUUCCGUCCACAAAUUAUAGUCCCGCCGUUUUAUUUGUUAUAGUCGCUCAAUUAUCACGCUUUGUACAAAAUUCUCUGUGAACCGAUCGUACGUUAGCAUUAAGCACCGAAGUGGGCGCCGUAACCUUGAAAUCUCUAAAACGCCUUUGGUUGGCUCGUCCAUAAAUUAGAGUCUCGCCAAAGUAAGAAGAAAUUACAGCAGGAUCGCCACUGGCUUUUAUUCUGAGCCAUGGCUGAUGACGAUUCUAGCCAGUGUUGUACUAUAUCUAGGGCCCCAGCCAAGGAGUCGCGAAGAGACAACAGAAGCCAUUCUUGUACAGCUUUCUUUCAUAGCACGACACCAUAUACUGACCACCUCUGCUUUUUUUCAACCAGCCUCAGUGUCAGCAAAUAAUGCACAACGUGGAAUUCUCUGGGACGACAUCCGUGAGACACGUUCAAGCCAUCGAAGCCAAUUUUUGAAGAUAGUGACACUAAUCGAAUUAUUGUCGCAGUGCUCAGACACAUGAUGCCGAACCUCAGCAUUAGGAACAUGGUGUUGCUACUGAAUGUCAGCAAUCCUCCAAAGACAACGAUGAUCAAACACAGAGAGUCUUUUAGUACCCUCAACUCGGAGAAGCCAGGUUUCACAAGUAUGGAGCAAAACUGCUCUCACUGACGCGUUGUAGAUACGACCUUUUACAGCCAGACUAACAUCACGAAGGCACCAAAGGCGGCCCAGAUUAGCAUAAGCCUCUUUAGCUUUCACUAAAAGUGAAUUAACCUCAUCACUCACUCCGCCGACACCACCACUUAGACACUAGAGGGAUCGUUAAUUCGUACAAUUCAGCACAUGCCUUCUGCCAAAAUACCCAUAUGAUAUCUAUACUUGAAAACUAAUUUCCAUCCUAUCCAAAUAUGCCUGAUGUUUAGUAGUUGUUGUUCAUAUUGAUUAUUAUUGGGAAAUCUUAAUGGGAAUGCUGAGGGUUCUCGUGAUCAUUUCAUUGGGAUUCAAUGUGAAACACUACAUCUGUAUUAGAAAACAGCAUUGGAUCCAUUAAAAGACAAUAAACUGAGUCUUGCUAAUUACUGAUGGGAUCCAGCCUAAAAUGUUUUUUUUUUACUUGCACUACUUCCAGUCGUCUGUUUGUUUCAGGAAUCAUCUAUUACUACUAUACAUUUAAUGGAUAUAUAUUUUAUUGUUAUCUUCGGUACCAACAGCUUAUUUCUUUUUCAGACGAGUAGUUUGCGACCAUAUCCAAUAGUUAAAGCCGUCGAUACUAAAUUCGGAAAAUUUCUCGUCGGCAUCUACAACAUACUGGUCACUGAAUGUUAGAUAAUGCCGCUAAUAAAACUAUCCACCAACCAUUGAAAAUCACUGGAAAGUUUUAGCAGUAAAACAAGUAGAGAGACCACUGAUAUGACCAGCACCAAGUAUUUCGUCACCAGAAAACAAUCAUUACAACUGAGGUUGUUAUAUUUAACUGAAAAGCGGUAUGAAAUAUGGAUAGUCGGACUAACUCAGUUGGUGCCAUUAAUCUGCAACACCGACUUCAGCGGUUUGAUCAUGCUCUACGAUGUCAUCUCAACGAACUUCUUAUCGUGAAUUGUUUGCUGAUAUUAGAAUUGGAUUAAAAGACCGAAAGGUGGUCAGUUUAUGACACUUUACCCUGACCGAUGGAUCGAUAGAACUAGGAUAUAUGAGUUCAUCUCGGUUCCUUGGCGACGGUAGUAAAGUUGGUGUAGCUUGAAAUGUUAUCAAUAAUCUUACAAUAGAGGACUAAGGAUGAUAUUGUAACUACUCAUUACAAUUUUUAUACAAGUGAUACGAUCUCACUUGACCAAAUCAACUUUUUUUGUAGAGCUGUGUUUUGAUAAAUACUUCUCAUACUCAUUUUUCGAUUGUGCUACACUUAUAUCCUUUAAUUCUCUACAGCAUUGUCACUUCGUUUGGAUGGUCCAUCUUUUUGUUGUCUUGUUUUUCCAGGAUUUGUAUUUCUUAGCCUUCCAAUCAACGGUUUUAGCUGUGUAAAAACUUCAGUAAGCUUGCAAUAAACCCUGCUUCGGUUUGGGCGCCCGAGCAGUAUCUCAGCCCUUACACUAAUUUGAUUUGUGUCGCGCAUAUAUAUUUGGUGUCUCCUUGUACCAAUGUUUAUCUGUUUAAAUAAGUUAAUGAAUAAUCAUCUUUCCAUGUCACCAAGAUUUUAGCUCAUGCAAUCCGUUUUAGUUUGCGUUGCUUACAUUAAUUUCCCCAUUUUUAGGACUACUAUGAUAAAAUUAAGCAACAAUUGAAGUGGUUAUUUACAUUCAGUUGUCAAAACUGUUCAUUCUGUUUUUUAGUCCUUUAGAAACUAUUUAACAAGAUGGAUUCAUAUAGUGAACAUGAUGAUCAAAGAGAAUUGGCAAUAAUUAUACACGAACAAGAAAAUCAGCAUGAUGGAAGUGAUACUCAGUGUAAGCCAGAGCUGGUUUCUUCAAUUAAUGCCCAUCAUAAUAUUGCCAAUAAACAAACAGAAGACGAUGAAAUUGUGUUUAAAAAUCUGAAAUUAAUAAAUUCUACAGAUAAUAAGUCUAAUUCCCUCAUUGAUAGCGAAAAUAACACAGCCGAUGUGACACAGUGUGAUGAUGAAUAUGACACUUUGGAUGAAUUAUUCGACAUUGCGAAAUUGUUAUCGGACUCGAUGGAUAACCAACAAAUAAUAUCUGUAGGAAAAAAGCAAUUAAAAUCAGAUGAUGAUAAUUAUGAACAAAAUGCAGAGAAAGCGUUUGUUAAUAAUAAUAAUAAUAAUGGUGGUGGUGGUGGUGGUGAUAUCGGAUAUCAGCCAUCACAAACGGCUGAUAAUAAUCUAAUAUCAAGCCGUAAUGUGGAAAUAAAACAAGUUGUCAUUGGGUAUCCUGAUCGUAUGUCCAUUGUAAUGGAAGAGAAUGAUGAUGAUUAUGUUGAUGGUAAUGAUGAAGAUUAUGCAUCGGAAGCUUCAAUUAAUCAAGAAGAGUGUCAUAAAUACAACGAAAUACUGGUGGAUGAAUUGUCAUCCGACCAACAAGAUAUGUCUAAAGAUUCGUCUCAAGUGCAAAUAACCGAAUUCGUUGAUAGUCUCAAUGAACGUUUACGAAUAGAAUCAAGAUCUUCUUCGACUUCGGAUGUAACAACAAUCGAUGAAAACGAUGUUGCAUGUGAGAUAGAAAUUCAUCCACAACCAUUGGAUCAUUGGGUAGAAGAUUCUUAUGCCACAGUCGUUCGUCAUACACCUGUAGUUACACCUACUACAGUUACUCCUGUAAAUACUGCAAAUCACAAUACAGAAAUGGAUAAUUUGAUUCAAGAGAAUUUAGAAGUUUAUAAUCCUCAUGAAGAAUAUGCAAAAAAACAAUUUGAUUCUAAAUUAGGUAUUGGUUGUAAUUAUUACAAUGAAUUCGCUGAAACAGAAGAGUUUGAAGAUAUGAACAAUGGAACAAAUCAUGAAUUACCUAGUGAAACUCGUCUACGAACCAUACCACUAGAACGAUUUAUUACUGAAGAACAACAUAUAAACGUAGAGAAUUUAAAGCACCAAUCUCAGACGACGCAAAAUUAUUGCGAUUCUGAAAGUUUAGUUACAAUGAGUGUUGUACCCGAUGAUAAUUUAGAGGAUCGUACAAGAUGGCGUACUUGUCCAUCUUUGAUACUUCCAACAAGAGAAUCAAUUGAACAACCAAGGUGUCAUGCUUGUGCAGAAGUGGUCUAUCCUUUAGAAGCUUUACAGACUAUUGGUCGAGUUUAUCAUAAGAGCUGUUUCAAGUGUCAUCAAUGUCACCGUGUUCUAAGCUUGGGCAAAUACAGUGUAUGGGAAGGCAAUCCAUAUUGUGAGCCACAUUAUCUUGUAUUGUUCAAGGCGUUUGGACAGUAUAACAGUAAUUUAACAAAAACUCCAACAUUUGAUGCCUCAUCUCAUGUUCGACAGGAAGUUUCGAAGAUAGAACGGGCAACACCAAAUGUAACUCAGACAUUAGUAGCCAAAUUUCAAGAAUUAGAAUCUGGAAACAAUACAACUAGUAUACAAAAUUCUCUACCACAGAAUCAACCACCACGUAGAAUCUAUUUUAACUCCACUCAUACAGGACCAACCAGUGCAAAUGGUGAUGUUUUUCCAUCGUCAGGAUGUGCUCGUCAAUUAGUAGAACGUUGGAAUAAAAUGCCUCUGGAAAAUCACCAGACUGUUGGUCGAGUUGCGCCUGAAGUAAAUGGAAAACCUCAUGUUUCAAACCAACGGAAAUUCAUUCCUGUGGAACCCAAACCAUUAACUAGAAAACCUGUCGAACAAAAACCAAAACAAUUAGUCAGUGAAUUAAAACAAAAUUUCAGUCAUAAACCUGAAGAUGAAGCUUACAGUUCCUCGGAGUCUACUGAAAGCGCGAAAAUUGGUCAGUAUCAUAGCACAAAUGGUAAAACAAGUGAAUUUCCAACUCCGGGUAUUACACGAAAUCUAGUUGCUAAAUUUUCUGCCCUUUCUGCUGCAUCCUAACUUAUGACAUAUUCUCAACACUUUUCUUACCAAAAAUAGUAGCGUAAUCAGAUGAAGAUGAUGAUGAGUAUUAAAACGAUUUGGUCAUAAUCAAUAGGAACACACUUUUUCUCAACAGUUCUUUUUUUCGACUUUAUUUUCAAAUUACUGAUUACUAAUACUCUCUUAUUACAACUUUUGUCGCUAUUAUCGUCAUCCUUGUUACAGUCUAUUUCUUCAUACUGGUCCACUUUUUCAUAACAACAGAUUGUCGUAUCUUAAUCUAUUAUUUCAUUGUGGUUUAUUCAUUACGCUUACAUUACUAAGUAUUUAUUUGAUGUUGUUACUGCUUAGAUUUAUGAAUAAAAUUUACUUAUAAGGAAGAGGAAUUAUUAAGCACCACAUGCUAUGUUUCUGAUAUUCAUUUUAUUGUCAUAUAUAUAUAUAUAUAUAUAUAUAUAUAUAUAUAUAUAUAUAUAUAUAGAGAGAGAGAGAGAGAGAGAGAGAGUACCAUUUUGAUUUGUCAUUGUUAGUGUCAUUUAUAUUUCUUGUCAAUCUAUAAAACUUACUCUUUUUUAACGCUCAGUUUCCUUUUUGAUAUGAUAGUAUUCUUUUUUACAUAGCUUUUAUUUCUGUUAACACAAAUUUGGAAGUAGCCACAGUUGAGUUUAUUUCAGUGGGUUUGUUUUAGUAUUUAUCGUGUCCAUUUCUACUUGUUUUACUUGCCGUACAUAGUGUGUUUUGUUUUCAUACAUGAUUCAUUUGUUUUUUGUUUUAUGACACUACCAACAAUACGAAUUUUCAUCCUGUUUUUCGUUGUCAUUUUCAAUGCUUUCACUUUUCUUCUUGUCUAUAUCUCUUCGUUAUUUCUUUUGAUAAUGUUUAAAUACCGAACUGUUCCUGUUUACCAUUCUGUUUUUCGAGUAAAGCUUAAUUUAAUUGCAAAUUAAAGGUUUUUACUUGUAUUCCCCAGGUGGAUCAAUCGCAGCCUGUAUAAUUCAGUAAUAAGUUUUAAAUCUCAUGAAAAGUACCAGUUCCUUCAAGGUUACAGGCAAUCUAACGAGUGUCAACUAGCACGAAAAGUGUUUCUAAAACUUCCAACACUUUAUCCAUAUUUGUAGAAUUACUGGCAAAAGCAUCUAUACUUAUUCUGGACUUUUGAGAUGGGUACUCAUAAGAGGAUUAUAUCUAAGACUUACUACAACUUAAUCAUAAGUAGUAUGCAGAAAAAAACUAAUUGGUCUACGAAUUUUUGCAUUUAACUGCAUGGAUUGCCAUUUUGCUGCUUAUUAUUCAAUUCUUGUGUUCGUUUCUUUUAAACAAUUAAAAUGAAGCUGAAUCAUAAACUCUCCAGUGUUAAUCAAAUUCACUUUCCAAAAGAUUACUUGUUAUAUUUAUUUAAGUUAAUUUUCUUUAAAUAACUUUGUGUAAUAGGCUGAGUAAAUCAGUCAGUUUUCGAAAUUCUUCUAAAUACAAUCAACUAACAGUAUAAACUCUCUUGGUUAUUUAUCAUAUCUAUGAACUUAUUCGUCAGUACUUAAUAGCCUAUGAAUAUGAGCUAAAAUUUACAUUCUAAUUGUUGAGAAAUUUGACGUCUGAAGCUAUAUAACUGUAAUCUCUACUUACAUUAUGACGACAGAUUGGCUUUUAGACCUCUUAUUACUGAACUUUCGUUAAUAAAAUUAACGAUUGAGUUAAAUUGAGAGAAUAACGCACUACUGGUACUGUGACCAAAGCAUCAAACCUAAUUUUCUUGCACAAGCAAGCGGAAAGUUAACUUACAACCUACAGUGAAAUUUGUAUGACAAGAAUUCACGCUUUCUGUAAUCAUACGCAUAGUACUAAUACUUGUGUGACUCAUUUAUUGGAAGUAUCACCAUCGAAUUUUGUCUCAGCAACUUUCGAAAUUUGCUAAAUAGCAUGAUAUUAAUUAAUCCAUCUACUCUAGAAGAUCUUUCAUAACAGUAUGAUGUGGACCUCGAUAUUGGUCUUCAGAAAUGUUGUAUUCGAAGAUUAAAUUAUGUGUAACUUCCGAGAAUUAUUUAUAGACUGUUAUUAUGUGUAUAUAUUCUUAUUGUAUAACUGUUAAGUGGCUAGAUUAUAUAUUUAUAUUUCUUAUCAUAAGCUUUCAAUUGAUCUAUUGGCUAUUAUUAUAAGAUUUACAAUUCUUAAUGUACCAGUUACAGUCUCUCACACUCAACUACUUUUGGCUUGAUCUUCUGUAAUCGUUUUUUUUUUAAUUUUAUGGUGUGAUGCCGUCUGGUUCGCUUGUAUAUAAACUACAUAUGUCUGAAGUAUAUUAUUCAUAUGGUCAAGGCUGAGAUUAUGUUCUGUACUCAAAGGACAGGGAAAGGCGAGAAGGACCAAUAUGGAUUCAGAGUUGACAACAGGUUGCUAGUGCUGUUUUGACGUGACACAAGAACAAGGUUAUGUAGUUCGAUAUUCGGAUUGACAAUUUUUUCGAGUGAUAACUAACAGAGAAAGUUAGAGCAUAAAACAUUAUCUAAAGGAAUUACUCGUGGAAGGUAUCUUCAGUGUUGAAUUUAGAUUUGACAAUGACAUACGGACAAACUGCUAUAGUCUCUAUGGGUUUACCACUCGACUCUUUUCUAGCCAAUUACUUCAAACAUGCGUCUCCCUAUUGAGUCGGCUUUCCGAGAACUGCAACGGAGCCUCCAGAGGCCUUGAAGGAGUCGAAGAGUCAUAACUAAUCAGAGCAUGAUGGAGCUCUCUAGAAUAUCAACGUGACCUGCUACUAUUGGUCAGUAGCAUAAUAUGUCUUUUAGCGGAUUGCCCAAAAUAUGAUGUUGAUUUAACAAAUGUUAACAUCUAUAAAUACACGUUUUUCUGUAAAAAAUGAACGUUUGGAGUAAAGUGCUUUUCGCCUUUUCUCUCGAGUCCAGGUCGCUGCGUAGGAACCGAAUAAAACCUUCAAAUUACCAAAACUUAUCAGUGACGACGGGAGAACUACAAUGAAUAUUUCUUUGGAGCAACUAGAAGCCUAUAUGGAGCGUCAAGAGAAGAGAUUUGAACAGUACCAAAUCGGAAUCAUGGUAGCCUUGAUGCAGAAAUUGUGCCUGUCCCUCCUUAUUCCUCCUUGUCUCUUUUUUUCUCUUCCCAAAU